AUGCAUACUGUUAAAGAGACAGGAAGUGAUACUGAUGGAUGGGUUUUGGUUAUAUUUAAAAAUACACUGAGGAACAGGGAUGAAUUUGUCUUGAACUUGAAGGAUAAGAUGUGUAAGAGCUGUGGUAUAUGUGUUGGGGUUCUGGAAAAAGAUUCCACAAGCAAGGAAGACAAUGUUGACAAGGAGCCGGACUUUUCUGGGCUCCAACUCCUCCGAGGAGGAGAUUUGAGACUUGAUCAAGGAAAUUUUGAUAUUAUUAAUUUAACUGACUUUGUUUUUAGUAAUUUUGAAUAUGACGUGCUUAGACGUGGUUUGAAUUUUGUUCCGACAGUAAGGGCCGAUUAUGGUAAGACAGUUCUGGACAUAAAAAAGUUUGUGAGGAAAUUAAACCUCACUUAUAUUUUAAAUGAUGUUCCAGAAGUUAGAAACUUUUUAAAAAAAACAUCUGUUUACAACCCCCCUUUGACUCAUACUAUCAAAGUUUUUGAGCAAACCUGUUUGAAUGAGCUGGACAGGGUGUUUGUAAAUCGUCCUAGGUUUAAUUAUAAUUUGAAUUAUAAUGAGAGGAAAGCCUUCAAAGAAUUACGUAACAAAAACAACUGUUUACGUUUCAUGAAAAGUGACAAGGGAGGGAAUAUUGUGAUAAUGACACAGGAACAUUAUUUUAAUGAAAUGUCUGCUUUAUUGAACAACCAAGAAGAAUACGAAAUUGUUACCCUUUCAGAGAUUCAGAAAAAGGAGAGAUUCAUACAUUCUAUUUUAUACGAUGCUCUUAUGAACAAUGAAAUUGAUUUGGAUGUAUAUGAAUUUUGUGUAAUUCAAAAACCAAGGGUGGGGGUACUUUUUGGAAUCCCAAAAACACACAAAAGUAUUACCAAACCUCCCUUUAGGCCCAUUGUGUCCUCUCCCCAUUCUGUCACCGAGGGGAUUUCAUUAAUUUUAGAUGCCACUUUGGGACCAUUAGUGUCAGAACAAGUUUCCUACAUCAAAGAUUCAUGGCAUUUUCUAAAUAGAUUUAAUGAAUUUGCUAAUAAAAAUGUUUUUGAUCCAAAAAAACAUCUAUUGUUUACCAUUGACGUGGUUUCCUUAUUUACCUGUAUUCCUCACGACGAAGGUAUUGAUGCUGUACGCAUCUUACUAAGUAAACAGGUGGGAUUACGACUAGUAAAUGGCCCUCAUUCAUGUGCUGGAAGAGUGGAGAUCUAUCAUGACAAUGAAUGGGGCACGGUAUGUGAUGACCAUUGGGGAAUGAAGGAAGCUGAAGUGGUAUGUAGAGAACUAGGAUGUGGAAAUGCUAUUAAAGCAUCAGGAAGAGGUCAGUAUGGAAAAGGAACUGGACCAAUAAUGCUGGAUAAUGUGAACUGUACAAGAUCUGAGUCUUCGCUGACACAGUGCCCAUCCAGGGGAUGGAAGGUACAUAACUGUGACCAUAGUAAAGAUGCUGGUGUCCAGUGCAAAGCCCAUGAUUUCCCUGAGCCUUUUGGAUUACAACUAGUAAAUGGCCCUCAUCCAUGUGCUGGAAGAUUGGAGAUCUAUCAUGACAAUGAAUGGGGCACAGUGUGUGAUGAUGGCUGGGGAAUGGAGGAAGCUGCUGUUGUCUGUAGAGAACUGGGAUGUGGAGAUGCUGUUUCAGCACCAGGGACAGCUCACUAUGGACAAGGAACUGGACCAAUAAUGCUGGAUGAUGUAAACUGUGAAGGAUAUGCGUCGUCACUGAAACAAUGCUCAUCCAGGGGAUGGAAGAUGCAUAACUGUAGCCAUCGCCAGGAUGCUGCAGUUCAGUGCAAAGGAGUUGCGGAGAUAGUGAGACUACGACUAGUAAAUGGUCCUCAUCCAUGUGCUGGCAGAGUGGAGAUCUUUCAUGAUAAUGAAUGGGGCACAGUAUGUGACGAUGGUUGGGGAAAGGAGGAGGAUGAUGUUGUCUGUAGAGAACUAGGGUGUGGUGAUCCUGCUUCAGCACCAGGGACAGCUCAUUAUGGACAAGGAAUUGGACAAAUAAUGCUGAAUGAUGUAAACUGUGAAGGAUCUGAGUUUUCACUGAAACGAUGCCAAUCCAGUCAAUGGAAGCUAGUAAAUUGCCCUCUUGCAUGUGCUGUCAGAGUGGAGAUCUAUCAUGAUAAUGAAUGGGGCUCAGUGUGUGACGAUUGUUGGGUGAAGGAAGAUGCUGUUGUCUGUAGGGAACUAGGAUGCGGUGAUCCUGUUUCAGCACCAGGGACAGCUCACUAUGGAAAAGGAACUGGACCAGUGAUGCUGGAUGAAGUGAAUUGUGCAGGAUCUGAGUCGUUAGUGAAACAGUGCCCAUCCAGCGGAUGGAAGGUGCAUAACUGUGACCAUAGUAAGGAUGCUGGAGUAAAUUGCAGUGAUAUACCUAGAUAAUUGGAAUUGCGACUAGUAAAUGGCCCUCAUCCAUGUGCUGGAAGAGUGGAGAUAUAUCAUAACAACAAAUGGGGUACAGUGUGUGAUGAAGACUGGGGAAUGAAGGAAGCUGAAGUUGUCUGCAGAGAACUAGAGUGUGGUGAUCCUCUUUCAGCACCAGGGAGAGCUCACUAUGGACAAGGAACUGGACUAAUAAUACAUGUGAAAUGUACAGGAUCUGAGUCAUCACUAAAACAAUGCCCAUUCAGGGGAUGGCAAAAACAUUAUUGGGCCCACUCACAAGAUGCUGGAGUUCAGUGCAAAGUGGGACUACGGCUAGUAAAUGGCCCUCAUGCAUGUGCUGGAAGAGUGGAGAUCUAUUAUGGUAAUGAAUGGGGCACAGUAUGUGAUUAUAACUGGGGAAUGAAGGAAGCUGCAGUUGUCUGUAGAGAACUAGGAUGUGGAGAUCCUGUUUCAGCACCAGAGGGAGCUCACUAUGGACAAGGAACUGGACCAGUAUGGCUGGAUAAUGUGAGCUGUACAGGAUCUGAGUCAUCACUGAAACAGUGCCCAUCCAGCGGAUGGAAGAAGCAAAGUUGCCACCAUUGGCAGGAUGCGGGAGUUCAGUGCAGAGUGGGACUACGGCUAGUAAAUGGCCCUAAUUCAUGCACUGGAAGAGUUGAGAUCUAUCAUGACAAUGAGUGGGGCACAGUAUGUGAUGAUAACUGGAGAAUGGAGGAAGCUGCUGUUGUCUGUAGACAGCUAGGAUGUGGAGAUGCUGUUUCAACACCAGGGACAGCUCACUAUGGACAAGGAACUGGACCAAUAAUCCUGAAUGAUGUGACCUGUGUGGGAACUGAGUUUUUAUUGAAAGAUUGCCAAUCUCGCAGGGGGAACGUGGAAAAGUGUGAUCAUAGUAAAGAUGCCGGAGUUCAAUGCAAAGGUCACGCCAAGGCAAUUGAAUUACGACUUGUAAAUGGGCCCCAUCCAUGUGCUGGGAGAGUGGAGAUCUAUCAUGACAGUGAAUGGGGUACUGUGUGUCAAGAUUACUGGGGAAUGGAGGAGGCUGAAGUUGUCUGUAGAGAACUAGGAUGUGGAGCUGCUAUUUCAGCACCAGGGACAGCUCACUAUGGAGAGGGAACUGGACCAAUAAUGCUGGAUGACGUAAGCUGUGAGGGAUCUGAAUCUACACUAAAACAAUGCCUGUCCAAGGGAUGGAAGAAACAAAACUGUCGCCAUUGGCAGGAUGUUGGAGUACAGUGCAAAGGUAAUUGA